AAAGCGGGGUUGUUUGCAAGCAGGGCGCUUUUGCUUUCUGCCGGGCAGCGCGCUUGCUGCUUCUGCUGCUGCUUCUGCCUGGGCGGAUGUUUCUCCGCGGUUUGGCGCAGGAUUGAAGGGAGAGGAGGACUCGGAAGCGGCGAGGGUUUCCGAAGGCAGGCUUACUGGGGGAUUGUAGGUGGGGGAUACCUGCCCGGGGCGGAGGUGCCCGGGCGUCUCCACGUAUUAGCAGCUAGGGUUCUCCCCGGGGCUCGCCUUGCCUUUUGCCCGCGCCUGCCGACGGGAGGGGCGCUCCGACUGAGGAGCGGGAGGGCUUUCUGGCGCUCGCGGCUUUGUGGCUCGGGGGUCUGCGUGUUUUUCGGGGGGUGGGGGUGGGGGCUGCGCCUGAACCAGCUCGGAAGAAUGACUCUGGAGUCCAUCAUGGCGUGCUGCCUGAGCGAGGAAGCCAAGGAAGCCAGGAGGAUCAACGAUGAGAUCGAGAGGCAGCUCCGCCGAGACAAGCGGGACGCCCGCCGAGAACUCAAGCUGCUGCUGUUGGGUACAGGAGAAAGUGGCAAAAGCACAUUUAUCAAACAAAUGAGAAUCAUUCACGGUUCAGGAUAUUCUGAGGAAGACAAAAGAGGGUUCACAAAGCUGGUGUAUCAGAAUAUAUUUACAGCAAUACAGUCUAUGAUCAGAGCUAUGGAUACACUCAGAAUCCCAUACAAUUAUGAGCAUAAUAAGGCCAAUGCACAACUAGUUCGAGAAAUUGAUAUAGAGAAAGUGUCCUCAUUUGAGAAUCCCUAUGUAGAUGCAAUAAAGAGCUUAUGGAAUGAUCCUGGUAUUCAAGAAUGCUAUGACAGACGACGGGAAUAUCAGUUGUCAGAUUCUACAAAAUAUUAUCUUAACGAUUUGGACCGCAUAGCAGGCCCUGGAUAUCUACCCACUCAACAAGAUGUUCUUAGAGUCCGAGUUCCAACUACAGGAAUCAUUGAAUAUCCAUUUGACUUACAAAGUGUUAUUUUCAGAAUGGUGGAUGUGGGGGGACAGCGAUCGGAACGAAGAAAAUGGAUACACUGUUUUGAAAAUGUCACCUCCAUUAUGUUUCUAGUAGCUCUUAGCGAAUAUGAUCAAGUACUUGUGGAGUCAGACAAUGAGAAUCGAAUGGAGGAAAGCAAAGCACUAUUUAGGACAAUUAUCACGUAUCCCUGGUUCCAGAAUUCUUCAGUCAUUCUAUUCUUAAAUAAGAAAGACCUUUUAGAGGAGAAAAUAAUGUAUUCACAUCUAGUUGACUAUUUCCCGGAGUAUGAUGGACCUCAGCGAGAUGCACAGGCAGCAAGAGAAUUUAUCUUGAAGAUGUUUGUUGACCUGAAUCCUGAGAGUGAAAAAAUUAUCUACUCCCAUUUCACAUGUGCCACAGACACAGAGAAUAUCCGCUUCGUCUUUGCUGCUGUCAAGGACACUAUCUUACAGUUAAACCUGAAGGAGUACAACUUGGUCUAACUGUGCCUCUUAGAUCUCUAUCUACCCACUUCGGGCAAUUGAAGAUAUUCAAGAGGGACUGUAUUAUCUGUGAAAAUGAUCUGCGUAAUACUAAUUUAUUGCUGGCCUGGACUCUGUUAAUAUUUGCAGAGUUUGUAGUUAAAUAUUACAAUUUUAUUUAAACUUUACAGAGGAAAAGAAACAAAAGAUGCUGAACUACAUUCACAGCUCAUUUCCUCUUUUUUUAAGUCAAAAUUUUGUGACUUAAUGUGUUCUAAAUUCUCAGUUGUGCACUCACAAAAUGAUAGGGGUUUGGGUUGGUUUUUUGUUGUUGUGACUGAAGCAAAAUCAAGUUGGGCUCUCCCUCCU